GAAUUGAAUUAUGUUGCAGAAAACUAUAUUCAUGGUCCCCAAAUUGUUUGUGGUGGUAACUGUUUGAUGAGCACAGUAAUUCUAGUAUUAUUUAGUUUCCGCAUUCAAAGUUUCAUCUUUAUACAAUCAUAAAAACCCAUUUUAAAACAUCUUUCCAAACUCCUGUUUCCCAUUUCGAGUUACAAUUUUGUUACAUGUUAAUAUCCAUUUUGUGGUGCGUUUAUGAGGAAUAGUGAAAUGGAUGGUUUGAGUGUAGAUGGGGAUGGAGAAAGAGCUAAAAAUAGAGAGAAUGGAGGCUCUUGGCCACCUCCGCGCAUACAACACAGGCGCUCUAAAAGUGCAUCUGAAAGGAACUCAGUCAUUUCAGGGGGUCGAGUUUUGCAUUCCUUAAAGAAAGACCAGAAUGAAAUUCAUAUGUUACCACUUUCAACAAGGGCUCAUAGAACACAAAGUCCUCUCCAUGAUUACCCCAUUUGUAACGACAAAAAUGCUUCAUCUAACCACCGAGCCUCCUUGGAAAAAGAUAUUGAGCAGCUGCAAUUACGAUUGCAGCAGGAGAAAUCUAUUCGCAUGGUGCUCGAGAAAUCAAUGGGCCGAGUUUCUAGUACUUUAUCUCCUGGUCAUAGGCAUUUUUCUACUCAGUGCCAGACAAAAGAGUUGAUUGCAGAGAUUGAGUUACUAGAAGAAGAGGUUGCAAACCGUGAGCAGCAAAUGCUAUCCAUCUACAGGAAUGUUUUUGAAAGUUGUGUUAGCCGGGCACCAUCUAAGCAAAACUCAGGCAUGCCGUCUCCUGCCCAUAUAAAGCAUGCAUCCAGGAAACACCCAAGUGUUAUCUCAAGUGCCUUCUGCUCCUCAAAAAAGUUCCCUUUACGACCUUUGCAAGCUCUAGUUUCACCAGCUGAGUCAGGUAAAAGAACCCCUAAAGCCAGUGAUGCUCCAUCAUCCCAUGGAAAAAGUGACAUUCAUUCUGAGAAGAACUGUUACAACCUGGUUAAGGUUCAUGAGAGAGUACCAGCCGCAGAGAAAACUUCCGUGCUGCAAACUCUGAAAGAUCAUCUUUAUCAGUGCCCCAGCAAGUUGUCUGAAGAGAUGGUCAGGUGUAUGGCUGCAGUAUAUUACUGGCUCUGUAGUGCAGAAUCUGUAGCUCCUGGAAAAAACAGAUCACCUUUAUUGUCAAGGUCUUCCACAAAUGUUAUACUUCCCGGACGUGGUAUCGGAGAGGAUCGAGAUUGGUCUUGCAAAUCCAUGGUAGAAAUAUCUUGGAUAUCAAAUGAUAAAAGCCAGUUCUCUCGUGCAUCUUAUGCCAUCAACAAUUAUAGAGUUCUAGUGGAGCAACUGGAAAGGGUGACAGUGACUCGGAUGGAAAACAGUGCGAAAACUGCAUUUUGGAUCAAUGUGUAUAAUUCGCUUGUUAUGCAUGCACAUUUAGCAUAUGGAAUUCCCCACAGCUCUCUUAGGAGGUUAGCCUUGUUUCAUAAGGCUGCAUACAACAUUGGCGGCCAUAUCAUUAGUGCAAAUUCCAUAGAGCAGUCAAUAUUUUGCCUCCGUACACCCCGAGUUGGAAGGUGGUUUGAGACCAUUCUUUCCACUGCCUUGCGGAAAAAAUCUGGUGAAGAAAGGCAACUUAUUAGUUCCAAAUAUGGUCCAUCAGAUCCCCAAGCACUAGUCUGCUUUUCCCUCUGCACCGGUGCCUUUUCUGAUCCCGCGCUAAAAGUCUACACAGCAUCAAAUGUUAAAGAAGAACUAGAAGUCGCUAAACGAGAGUUUCUUGAAACGAAUGUGGUUGUGAGGAAGUCAAAAAAAGUGUUCUUACCCAAGGUGCUGGAAAGGUUUGCUAAGGAAGCUUCAAUCAACUUGGAUGAUCUUCUCAAGUGGGUCGCUGAAAAUGUUGACAAUAAGCUUCAUGAUUCAAUACAGAAAUGCAUCGAUCAUAAAUCAAACAAAAAGGCAUCUCAGGUUGUAGAGUGGUUACCUUACAGUUCAAGGUUCCGGUACGUGUUCUCAAAGGACUUAACAGAGAAGCCAUGCUGGGUAUGAAUUUCUUUCUAGAUGCCUAACUUAACGAGGAGUUUCAAUGUCCUUAUGAUCAUGAGCCAUUGAGCCUUGCUUGGCUCGGCAAGGAGGGACAUGAUCAGUAACUGUGAUCCACAUUUUAUUGUACAUCAGGUUAUUUUAGAUAUCAGUUUGUAGUCCAAAAAUCCAGUGUUUUAGAUUUUCUCCGAUGCAGUACAAUUUCACUUGUUCCCUGUAAUGAGCUCAACGUACGCCAUGGUUUCAUGAGAUGAGCCAGUGCCAGGUUGAGCUGUUAAUUGGUGAUGCCUAGCUGUGAUCCACGUUAUGUUGCGUUAACAAAAUGGAAACCGUGUUCAAAUUA